AUGAAAGAAAAAUCAUCAGGUUUUUAUCAAACAGAGGAGGACAGAGUUGCUGCUGCAAUAACACCGAUGAUUACAUCAUUACCUGGUGGUGUCGAUGUGUUCAUUCGACGUUUUGAAGAAAUUCCCGGAGCGAAGGAUGAACACCACGUACGCCUAAAACUCAAAGUAUCAGUUCUAAGUUCUACAAGCUUCGAUACUGUGCUCAAUGCCAUACGACAUAACAUUACGUCACAUUUCCUGACUCCUGGCAAUUGGUUUUCCACGGAAAUGAUCGAUACUGAUUCAGUAGAAGUCAUCGACCCUAGGGUGUGCUACAACUCUACAACGAUUGAACAAUCCCAGACUGUAUUAUGGCUUGAGGCUCUUCAAGGGGAGACAAGAAAUGUAAUAGUACAAACUGCCCAUUCGUCUUUUAUUCUAACAAGGACUUGGUAUGGAAUGCAGCCUCACCUAAUUUCAUUUAGACCGGAAAUUCUGCAGAGUUCUACAGAAGGAGCAUUAGGGGCAUACAUUAGCGCAGAACAGCCUUUUGUUGUCAUGCUGUUAGGGUUUGAAGAAACAAGUAGUGUGGCUUAUGGCUCAGGACAGGUUUGGUACUAUUUAAAGUAUGAUACUCGAGACCCAUCGACACAGUUCUUUAUAACCACAACAGAAAAUAACACAUUGGUUGAGCUGCCCUCGAUGAAGAAUAGUUUUAAUAAGGAAUUCAUGCCAUCGCUGAUUAUGCUUGAUGAUUUGUAUCAAAAUUUCCGUGAAAUAACAAGCGACAAACCAGCCUAUGUCGUGACAGUUACCGGCCCUGGUCAAACGCUGACCUCCCUCAUGCCAGUCAGUGCAUGGACAAAUGUAUACUUCAUUGUCACACCAGACCUUCAGAUUUUAAAUUUUGAAUAUUUUUUAAAUAUUCACUCAAAAUUCAUAGAAAAUGUUCGUAUUGACGGAAACGAAAUCAAGGUUUGGCAGGUGAAAUACGAUCUGGGUAACGGUAUGACGUAUGGAGUUGUCCGACUGUUUGAACAUAACGUCAAGUACGUCACAGAGACACAUAAUUUUGGAUGUUCCGUGUACGGGAAGGUGAAGACUAGUGGAACGGAAACGUCUAGGGUGCAUUAUAUUCAUAAUUCUAGGUCUACACCUGGCUUAUAUAAGACUUUUAUCGACGAACUGAAAUCAGGAAAAGUUAACAUAGUGGACGUCCAAGAUCAUGAAGAAGAUGAAUGGGGCAAUUUAAUAAUGACAACUUUAACCUAUUCAGCAACAGAAGCGCAAUUAAUCGAGUCCGACAUCGUUGUUAGUGUCUACGAUCGGAAAGUAAAGGGUUACGUAAGGAAACGUGUUUUGGUGAACGAGGAGACGCCGACACGAUUCACACUCCAGCUUACAUCCUCAACAUUGAACAGAAGAAUGUUCGUGAACAUACAAAAAGCUGUGUCUGUAUGUACCUUGAACAUAAACGGUGCACAAGGAUUAGUAAAGUUGCAUCGAUCGGCCAAAGUAAGUAUCCCAGGAUUAGCCGACAACGACACGCUGCUCCAAUCAAUCACCGACGGAGGUCGAUACAACACCUGCAUUUCAACCAACACGACAGAUAGAAUUUUUAUCGAGUUUGAAGGGGUGAAAAAUGUAUUCAGAAUCGUCAUUUAUCCUGGUGACACGCCAACAACAUUUGAAGUGACCUGUACCGACCAGUUCAAUCACACCGUGCAUUACCUCAAGCUUACAACUCACACAAGAGGUCCUUCAUUUAUCCAUACGAACAAGCCGAUGCACAAAAUAGAAGUAAAAACGAGCGAUCCGAAAUUUGAAAUGUGCGAAAUAGAAAUAUUUGGAAGUUUAAAAAACAACUUUAUUGCGUUUAAUCCUGAUGACUAUGUGCUGACUCUACCGUCGCCUAUCUCGGAAAAAAACCUACUUUACAUUCUGCUCAUCUGCAUUUUAGUCAUUCUGAUUCUGUCAAAACUUGAAGAUAUAGAUACAGACGACCAUCUCCACAGAACUGCCCCACCGUAUCAGAUAGACUACCAGGACCCCCGGUCACGUGCCUCACCCGACCCCCGGGGAGGUUCCCCCAGCAUCCAGAUUAAACUUCCCCCGUGA